AUGGAUGUCCCUGCGGGUGAGGAUCUCGAAAUGGCGUCUCCCUACCAGGGGCAAGGCGAUGACUUCGAUAUCGAUAUCGAUCUUAUGGAUGAUCGAGACCAAGCUUCCAAUAUGGACAGUGACAUGUUAGGUGCUGAGGAUCUGUUCAGCACAGCCCACCCGUCACUCUUCCCGGAUGACCCAACCGAUGAUGCCGAUAUGGUCGACGAAGCCUCUUCUGAAGGCUCGAUGAUCGAUGCCGAUAAUGUCCCUGAUAAUGACCAAGACGUUGAUCUCCAGCUUGAAGAAGUCACCCAGGAAGCUGAAAUGCUAGAGGAUGCUCAAGUCCCCUCCGAAACGGUCGAGGCGCCUAUCGAAACAGAAAAUAUCCAAGAAAUUCCUUCCGGCCCCGCUCCCGUGGAAAUCAAGGAUGAAGUAACAAAGCCUACUGAACAUGCCCCCUCGGAGCCUGAUAGAGCUGAGGCAGUUGGCUCUGAUCGUCCUCCAAGACAUUAUGACGACAAUGCCGAUGACCCCGCUAGCGCUGAUAAUGAGAAGAAAGAUAUUGGCGAGAAUUUCGAUGAAGUAACCAAAGAAACUGUCCCAACCUCAGAAGAGCGGGAAACUGAUACUGCCCAAAAGGAAGAGAAUACUGAUGCCCCUUAUGCGGCUGCAUCUGCAGCUUCAUACGAAGCAGGGGGUACAGCGGAUGAAACCUAUGUUGACAGGAACGAGGGCCCUACAGCGUCCGAGGCACAAGAUGGCUCUGCGCUCGGCAACGAUGAAGAAACCCUGCAUCCUGUCAAAGUCCUCUAUCAAGAAAACGAGAUUUCCCUCUUCCCGCCACACGAGGGUGAUUCCGUGGAGACGUUCUUUCUGCACGAUGAAGACUUGGCAUAUGACACCUUGGAUAAACUUUUUGGUGCUUUACGUGGUAUUCUUCUUGAUAAUGUCAAUGAAGACGAAGUUCUAGUCAUUGAUAUCGAUUCCCUGGGUAUCCGACUCACAGAGGCAAACGCUCUGUACCUGAGCCUUUCAACCAAACCUGACCUUCAAUCUGAGAUUAACAGCUUGGAAUCCGCUGCGAACAAGGGCCAGGGUCUCUCGACAAUCCAGCCAUGGGGCUUGGACGGCUAUGAUGGAGCGGAUCAAGAAGCUGAAGGUGAGCAUCUGGAAGGCAGUUCUCAUGAGGAUGUCAGCCAGGACCAGUCCAACGAAGCCCUUGAUGCCCAUGCCCAGGGUGAAAACGUAGCACGAGGCGCUGAAGCGGAUGUUGAAGAACAUGUUGGUUCACCACAUGAUCAAGAUGAGUCCUACGGAGGUGUCCAGGAAGAUGGAGAUGCCACACAGGAAACCCAGGGUAAAGAACGCGACCAAUCCGAGGAGCCAAAAACGGAGUCCACAACUACCAUUGCACCUACCUCAGUUGGACAGGAUGAACAACAUGAGGAAGAAUUUGACCACGAGCCCGACAAUGACGGAGAAUAUCAUGCUCCGGAUGAAGACUACCAAGAGGCCGACGUUCAAGAGGUCGAAACCGAAACGUACUACACAGAAGAUGCUCCUGAGGAAGUGGAGGAAGGCGAGUACCAAGACCAUCAGCCGGGUGACGAGGGUGAAGAUUCUCAUGAGGUCCAAGAUACACGUGCCUCCGAGCAAGGCAAGGAUGACGGCUUGGCUUCUACCCAUGACGAUGGUCAGGACGUCGCCGACGCCAACGAUUUGCCCGAAGAAUUAGAGGCUACUGCGAACGAUAUUCCUGUUGAGAAUCCCCAGGUCCUUGGCAGACAAACUCCAGAGCCCGAGGAUUAUCUUCUUGGUGUCGAGGAGGAUUUGAUGAAGACUCCUUCCAAGGCCGACAAGGGCGAUCACAAUGACCAGGUCGGAGGCGAAGGUGAAACCUUCCCCGAAGAGGACUUUGCCGACGGUGCUCUUGGGGACGGUAUCGCUGAAUCGCACCAAGACAACAACGAUACCUUCAACGACGCUUUUGACGAGGCGGAGGACUUCGAGCUGGGUGAAAUUGACCCCUCCUCUACUAAUGACUCCCAUACACUCGACACCCACUCUAUCAAACGAUCCCGCGAAGAGGAAGACGAGUGGGAUAUCGAGGAUUUUACCACGCCCGAAAUGAAACGCCGCCGGUCUGAGUAA